GCGGAAUCAAUUCCAACCCUGCAGCCGACCAGAUACGCAGCGAAUUUCCCGUCUGAGUAUCAUCACUUUUCACGACUUUCUAUUCCGCUGGAACUGAAGAAAUUGAUGUAAAUGGAUUGAGUUUUCUAGCAACCGAUAAUGGAAGCUCGCGAGAUGUUUUGGAAGCAACUGCGUGAGCACAUAGAAAACUAUGGGGCAACCAUGAUUAUCGUCACCAUAUCUACUGGUUUAUUUAUCGGAUACUUCAUGCACUACAUAAUGAAUGUGAGGCCUAUGAAGCAGAGGCUCAAAGUCGACGGAAUAGAGCAAACAGAGGAUGAAGAGGAGUCGAAAUCGAACAACGAUUUGUGCAAGGUACAACCAGCUGAGAAGGAAGAGAAACAAGUUGGUGUCGUCAAGGGCAUGAUCAACACCGAAGUCCUGGAAUCGCUCCGCAGAAGACCACCUCCAGAACGCCCCCGAAGUACGCUUCCUGAGUUCAGAACGAUCCCGGAGAACAAAGCACUUUUCGAGGACCGUAGACAGGAUAGCACAAGCUCAGAUGUGGAGGAUAACGAUGACCUGGUAGUCGUACAGAACAGUGGUAAGAAAAGAUCGCAGAGCCUCCAGGAGAACUGUACACUUUCGGAUCGGGACCUAUUGCAUACACUCGGAAAUCUCCAUGGUAAACUUGCCACUGCACAAUUGAGAGCUAGAACGAGGAAAAUGCAGGCUGAUAUGACAGCCGAAGAGAGGGAUGACGAGGCGCGCACAAAAGCAAAACAGCUGGAAUCCAUCAUGAAUCUGAUGAUGCAAGAUCAGGAGAAAUUCGGCAUCACCAGUGAGGAUGACAUAAAGGAACAGCUGAACAUGUACAAUUUCUGAGAAAACCCUCCUCCACAGUUAAGUGUUGCAACUUUUUCUAUAAUUACUGGCAUUGUAAAUAAUAAAUGGAACAAAAAUGAAAAUACUGUGCAAAAACUGUUAUUUAUGUCGUGCAGUCUGUGUUGGUUUUGAUGCGUUAUUAUACGUCUUGUACUAGUUUUUUUUGAGUUAUUGUUGACGGCUGCGGUUAGUUUAGUGCGCUGAUCACAGACGAUACCCAGAAUAUGAUUGUGAAUUGAUAAGCAUACAAUCAAUAAUAAA